ACUUCAAACCUGUUGUUUUUCCUGAUGAUGGCUACGGCAGUCGAUUCUACAAAUGGCUGUCCACCGGAUUCAUUCGACAGUGCUCAAAUAGACACUGAGAUAGAGAAUGGGCAGUUCAGGAUCCAGUAGCUGUGUUAUGGUGUAACUGAUGCCAAGUUCACUAACCAAUACCCUCCUAACGAAGAGUGCUGUGUUAGUCAGAGUUGCCAGGGCAUGACUAGGUACGAACCUUGGUGAUGGCAUGCUACGUGUAGUUCCUGACCACCCAGACAUUCAUUAACCGUGCAUGCUGUCUUUUAGCGCCAGUCUAGUAUAAUAGAGCCAUGCUUUUUACUGUUUGCUACGGUUAUCUGACGCUGUCCACCGCUUGGCGUGACCACAGACAGAAGUCGUUGGUGAUGAACGCCCUGCGUUCCCACGGCGCCAAGGCGAGCGUCUCCUUCAGGAAGAUUCUCCAGGAGGGCGUGGCCACGGAGGCGGAGAAGCUGAGGGCGUCACGGUUGUGCGAAACGGGAGAGCAAGACGUCAUCUCUCAGCUGCUCCAUGAGAAGAGGGGAAAGCAGAUGCUGGUGGUCCAUCCCAAGCAAUGUGUCGACCUCUCAAAGGACUGGACGUCUUUCAUCGGCACAGCAACCUCCAAGGCCUCGCAGUAUAAGGGCCAAGACAUCGCCCCGUCCUCCUCCAACCUCAACUCGGUCUUCAUCCUAUUGGAGGCCUCCCCGCCCAAGAAGGACCCCCAGGGGCGGCUCAACCUCCGCAAGGUUGCCCGGGAACGCGUCGUCAAGCUUUCGGGGCUCACCACGCCUCUGGCUUGGAAGUCGGGGGAGCCCUUUGGGAUACUCGUCAAGGCUUCGGCCAACAACUUUGGGCUGGUUGGAUCGGCUUACCUGGAGGGAGUGUUAGAGCUGGAUGAUGGGCUUCUAGUGGAGCAGAUAGUCUGUGUGGAUACCAUCGGAGAGCCGUUCAACCUCGUCAAUCAGGACCCUAACACCCCGUCCCCACAGCAUAAACCACCCCAGUCUCCCUUCCAGCGUUCCCCAUCAGGGAACAACAUCAUCCAAAGAACCAACUCCUCCCGUAAGGACCCCAGCCUCCUCCGCCGGAAACACUCCCAGGAGUUCCUGAAGAAAAUGGAGGAGCAGCAGCGCCGAUCCGUCUCGCGGAAAUCCUCCUCUGAAUCCAGCGACCCCGGGGCGAUCUCGUUUGAGAUGACAAGCCCCGGACCGGACGAUGAGGUGAUGUUUGAAACGGAGAACCCCCCGAUAUUUGAAAUUGGAAACGUUCAGAUCGACGUCGGCCAAACUGAAUGGUUGAACGAGAGUAAAUUGUCGUCUGGAACGGGGCCCUCUAGUGGUGGCAUCUCUGCAAAACCACCAAACAUUCUGGUGUACACCGGCGCCGACGACAAAAUGGCCAUGCCAACAUUUGAGACCACCGUGGCUUUCUUGGAAAAGUUUAUGCGUCGGGAAGGUUACGUUGUCUACCAGCUGAAAGAAUCGCAGCUGUUGACACAUCCAUGGUCUGAUAACUGCGCUCUACUGGUCAUUGUAACCAGCGUUGAGACAUUGCAUAAGGAUGCGUUAAGGAAGUGUACCGACUAUGUCCAAUCGGGAGGGCAGCUUCUUGUACUGAGUGGAGUCAGCGUGCAGCCCCAGGAGAAUCUUGGUGUCUGUACCAUCGACUACUCAGCAACCCUUGACAAUGACAAGAUCCAGUUUAAGGCACUGUGUUCGGGAGAUGCGUCGCCCGUGGGCAUGUUCACUGGUAGCCAAGUCAAGGUGCUUGGAGAGAGCCAGGGAAAUGCAGUCAUCACAGAAACAUCGUUUGAGGGGAGCGCAGGAAAAGUUAUUGCAUCACAAAUCCCUCUUCAGCUGGUGUCUCCCGAGAGCCUCGUUCCUGACACAGCCGCCUUCUCCGACCUCAAGCAAUCCAACGAAGUGCGACAUGCUGUGACCCUUGACCUAUUGGGUCAUCUGGGGUUACAGUGCGCGACCUCUGAGGUGCCUGAGCUGACAUGUGGAUUUUUACUGGGUACUACGGAGAAUGCAUCUACAGCAUUUUUGUCAUCCAUCAAGCCGAUUCUCAAAGAAAACAAGUUGCCCAGCUCCUAUGUCACCAUGCAAUUUUCCCCCAACCCGACAGGAAUCACCACUGUGACCCCUGACCUUCUCCCGAUCAUCACUGGCCUAAUGUCGCCUCCGGAGGGCACAUUCAACUUCGCCGUCUACAAGAAGAACUUGACUUCGAAAACUUGUGGGAAUGUUGUGCUCUACACUGAGGUGGUACCGACCACCAUGACACUUUUUGAAAGCUUCAUGUUCAAGGUGCCGGAAGACGUCAGCGUGGUUGCCAUAGCAACCCGUAUGACCCAAGGAAGAGGGCGUGGUGGGAACAAAUGGCUGGGGCCGAUCGGUUGUGCGAUGUUCUCCCUUCAUGUUCGCAUCCCUUCUGGUUCAGAGCUUGCUGAUAAGCUCCCGUUCCUUCAGCAUAUUGCAGCUGUAGCCGUUGUGGAGGCUGUCUGUACAAUCAAGGGCUAUGAGAACCUUGACUUGCGAGUCAAAUGGCCUAAUGACAUCUACUACGGUGACAAGAUGAAACUAGGAGGCAUCAUCGUCAACUCCAGCUGUCUGGACAAAGUGUUCCAUGCUAUCAUUGGAUGUGGAUUCAAUGUCAGCAACAGUGACCCAACGAUCUGCAUCAACGAUCUUGUGAGACUUCACAACAAACAAACCAAGAGCUCCCUCCCCCUGCUGUCAACGGAACAGCUGAUUGCCAGAACCAUCAGUCAGAUAGAAAAACUGAUCUCGGCAUUCCAAACCCAAGGGGCAAACUCCUUCCUCGAGUUGUACUACAGAAGGUGGCUCCACAGUGAUUGUAAAGUGCGCCUAGAGAGUGAGACUGGACCUGAAGUAACGGUGGUGGGACUGGACAAGUCUGGCUUCCUCUCGGUCAAGGAUCAACAGGGGGCGCUCCGCAGUGUUCAACCUGAUGGCAACAGCUUUGACAUGACCAAGAACCUGGUGCUGAUGAAGGAAAGAGUGAAGUGAGCCCUCACUUGGCCAAGUUUAACCAGGUAGUGAAGUUGUUGGGGGAGGGCAGGUGGAGGGGUUGUAAAAAAAAAAAAAAAAUCCCAUUUAAAGUAAGGCUGGAUGUAAAAUAUGUUUGUCAUUAAGCAGUCAGAAUUCUUUUUCUGAUUUCAUAAGGUUGUCCAAAUUCGCGUUUAGGGCUGUGGCUAUGGUUGUGUCUGUUGCUAUGGGUGAUGGUUGCUAUUGGCAGCCAGUAAUUUGGAUAACACACGAUUGUUAUCCAAUUUGGAUAACACAUGAUUGUUAUCCCGUUUUUGUUGAAACUAAUGUAUAUCGCGUGCAUAUUUCUUUUCAUUUGGGAUACCAAAAAAUUUGCUCUGGGGUAUGAUACAUCGCUGGUUUUUGAAGAAAAAAACACUAGUUCAAAAUAAAUUCACCAUCAAACGAUGAACGUAUGUUCGGAAAAAAAAAAAAA